GGCUCGGAGACGGGGGGAGAAGGUGUGGUGAGAGGGGACAGUCCAACCGGACCAGAGAGAGUGCAGCAGCAGUAGCAUUAUCCCCACUCUCUUCACUGACUGGAGAUACGCACCGUGUGGCACCUCGGCCAUUCAGCGCUCACACACUGAGACAACGAUGCACCACCGCCGCCGCUCCGCACAGUCGCUGCCGCUGCUGACCAGGUGUUGGACUAAACAACAGGGACGUCGUUAACGUGACAGAAGAUUCAAACUUGUAUGUAUGUGCUGUGCGCCCUUCUCCCUGGUCCCGUACACAGACGAUCGAGAAGAUGCUGAGCCGACUGAUGAGCAGCAGCAUCAGGAGUCUGGACAGGGAAUGCAACUGCACUGUGAGGCUACUGGACGACUCGGAGUACACCUGCACGAUUCAGCGGGAUUCCAAGGGACAGUACCUGUUCGACCUCAUCUGCCACCAUCUCAACCUGCUAGAGAAAGACUACUUUGGCAUUAGAUAUGUCGACCCAGACAAGCAGAGGCAUUGGUUGGAGUUUACAAAGUCAAUUGCCAAACAAAUGAAAUCCCAGCCUCCAUUCACCAUGUGUUUGCGUGUCAAGUUUUACCCUCCUGACCCCGCUGCCCUGAAAGAGGAAAUUACCAGAUAUCUCGUCUUCCUGCAGGUUAAGAGGGAUCUCUAUCAUGGCCGCCUCCUGUGCAAGACAUCAGAUGCUGCUUUGUUGGCUGCCUACAUAUUACAAGCUGAAAUUGGCGACUACGACCCCGGGAAACACCCAGAGGGCUACAGCUCCAAGUUCCAGUUUUUCCCCAAGCACUCGGAGAAGUUGGAGCGGCGAAUUGCUGACAUCCACAAGACUGAGCUGAUAGGUCAGAGUCCUGAAACGUCAGAGCUCAACUUCCUCCAGAAGGCUCAGAUGCUGGAGACGUACGGAGUGGACCCUCAUCCAUGCAAGGAUGUGUCUGGCAACCCAGCUUUUCUGGCUUUUACUCCUUUUGGAUUCACUGUGCUACAAGGGAACCGGAGGGUCCAUUUCCUCAAAUGGGAGGAGGUGACCAAACUCAAAUUUGAAGCAAAGACAUUCCAUAUAUAUGCAAAUCAGAAGGAGGAUAAGAAGAUCAUACUGACGUACUUUGCACCUACACCUGAGGCCUGUAAGCAUCUGUGGAAGUGCGGGGUGGAGAAUCAGGCUUUCUACAAGUUGGAGAAGUCCAGUCAAGUCCGCACUGUGUCCAGUAGUAAUCUCUUCUUCAAGGGUAGUCGCUUUAGAUACAGUGGAAAAGUUGCAAAAGAGGUGAUGGAACAAAGUGCCAAAAUUAAGAGAGAUCCCCCCGAGAUACACAGGGCUGGCAUGGUGCCAAGCAGGAGCUGUCCAUCCAUCACCCACGGCCCUCGUUUGACCAGUGUGCCCAGGACCCGACGGAGAGCUGUGCACAUCUCCAUCAUGGAGGGUCUGGAGUCCCUUCGAGACAGCGCUCACUCCACACCUGUGCGCUCUGUCUCCCAUGGCGAUUCCUUCAUGUCCUCUCGGGGCCAUUUGUCGGACGGCAGCGAGGCAAGCACGUCAGCAGUCAUCUCCGACGAGGCCUACAGCCCCUCAGACAGCGUGCUGCCUACACCUGUGGCCGAACACGGGAUGGAGAUGCCUUUAGCCCGUCACCUCAACGGUGCUCCCUGCAGCAUCGAUGAGGAGAAGGACUCAGAGGCGGGCACAUCGAAAGCAGGGGAAGAGUUUUCCUCGGGCAGGAGAGCACUGCGUAUGGCCAAGAGCAGGCCAUCACCGCAGAGCGACGUGGAGGAGCUGAACAAGUUCGUCCUGAGCGUGUUGCGUCUGUUCCUGGUUACCAUCGGACUGCUGUUCGCCCUGCUGCUGCUCCUCAUCAUGCUGACAGAGUCAGACCUGGACAUUGCCUUCCUGAGAGACAUCCGCAAGACACCUGAAUUCCAGCAGUUCCACUUUGAAUACUUCUGCCCUCUGCGGCGCUGGUUCGCCUGUAAGUUGCGGUGGAUGGGAGGGUUCCUUAUCAGCAAGUGAGGCAGAGACCGAGUGACACAACACAGGCCUCCACUGAGGGACAUGGGACACACAACAGGCAGGUCAGGAGAGAGGAGGAUGGCAGUCCCAUUCCCAAUGUCAGCUCAGCUUCUCCCAAGAAGGAGCUCCUGUCACAAGCCACGGACUGUCCCCUGAAGAGCCUUGUUUAUUACGUUUGACCAUCACUGCGAGGAAAGGAAAUCACAUUUUACUUUGGAGAUUCAGGUCAUUUCAAGGUAUUUUAUUUUUACACAAAGCCACAGUACCAGGGUUUAAUUUAAACACUGAAAGGGACAAGCAAGUCUGACAGACUUCACUUCUUCAACCACAGAUAAUAGUUGCCUUUAUUUUUGUAUUAAUUUAUAUGUUGCAACAUUACUGUAAGACAGAGUGACCUGAUGUGUCGGGGUGUGUGUUGUGUGACCUGAGAGUUUGAGUAAAGUUUUGAGAGACGAUGAGACGGGAGGCAGUCUAGCUCAUCUAAUUUUCACAUGUCAAAGCCAACAACAACAUUUAUGAUAAUAAAAUGUUAUUGUGGUUGCUGC